AUGAGCCUAAACUUAUCACAAAAACUUUUCAGUGGCACCAUACCCUCAGCUUUAGGAAAUUGCACCUCCCUCAUUGCUUUAAACCUUGCAGACAACAAUUUGAUAGGAGGGGUUCCUGUUGAACUUGGAAAUGCAAAGAAACUUAAAGCACUUCAUGUGGACAACAAUUAUCUAAAUUGGUCAUUCCCAAAAGUUAUCCAAGAGCUAAACGGUAUGGAGUUUUUGAACUUGGGAUACAAUUUCUUCAAUAGGAUUAUCCCUCCAUUUAUGGGCAAUCUCUCGGACUUAUGCGCCGUCCUGUUAACAUCAAAUGAUUUUAGUGGAAGUAUCCCAACUAAGAUUACCGGAUUGCACCGGCUCCAGUUUUUGGACUUAUCAAACAAUAAACUGGAGGGAACCAUUCCAUCUAAGCUCAAUAAUUUUGAAACUCUAAUAAAACAAACACCAACACUUCUUAUAGGGUACUUGAUUGAUCUUGUAUUUUUGAACCUAAACAUGGAGUUCUCCACAAAGGGAAUGCGUCUGAAUUUGAUUAAAGUAUACUCAUAUCACACGGGAAUGGACCCAUCCAAUAAUGACCUUGAUGGUGCAAUCCCUGAACAGAUGGGGGAAGAGUUGCAGCAUUUAUCAAGGAGGAGCUGGGAGGAGCACAUGGUUUUGGUAUAUUUGACUGGCCUUUGGGAAGUUUUUGUUGUUUUGGCUCUCAAAAAGGAAUGGAGAGUGAAGUAUUGGGAUAUAGCAGAGGAGAUGGUGGAGAGGACCAUGAGUUGUUUUGGUCAUCAGCAGGCAAUGCCAAGGGAAAACAUUCACACAGGCCUUUAA